UGGUACUUAUUCCUCCACCCUAGGGCAAUGUCUGAGAUGGUACGUGCUGCUCUAGCGGACUCGGUUCCACCGUCCAUCGAGAAACGUCCCCCCAAAAAGCGGGGCAAGAAGCCGGUUGGCUUGAAGGGUGAAAGUCACAAGACCACAAGCGCCUCAUUGUCCAAGUUGAUCAUCGAGGCCCUUUCUAUUUCUCAAGAGAGAGCUGGCAUGUCUUUGGCAGCGCUAAAAAAGGCGCUAGCAGCCGUGGGCUAUGACGUGGAGAAGAACAACAGCCGCAUCAAACUGGGUCUCAAGAGCCUGGUUAGCAAAGGAAUUCUGGUGCAGACCAGGGGUACCGGUGCUUCCGGCUCUUUCAAGCUCAGCAAGAAGGUUGCCACUGAGCCCACCAAGGGAAAGGUCAAGAAGCCUGCUUCUACCAAGACGAAGAAGCGGGUUUUGGCCAGAGACUCCAAGUCUCCACAGAAAGCUAAUAAGACCAACAAAAGAGCAAAGACGCCGAGGACAACAAUGGCUGAGAAAGCUGGUAAGAGUGGCAGAAAAGCUAAAGGCGCCAAGGGCAAACAACAACAGGAAAGUCCAGCGAAGGCCAGAGCAGGGAAGCCGAAGGCUGGGAAUUCUAAACUGACCCAGUCGAAGUCUAAUCCGAGGAAAGCAACAACCAAGAAGUGAAAUUUCUGCAACGGCCAGUUUACAUAGAACCCAAAGGCUCUUUUAAGAGCCACCCAAAUGAUUUUAAGAGGGUGUAACAUUGCGUUUUCAGAAGACUCCGGAAGAAAAGACUAUUCGUC